GGAAUGCUUCUCUGCCCCCCUCCAAGAGCUCGUUAAUCAGUUAUUAAUGAAGCUGUUCCCUGCAGAAGCGUCGAGGAGGGGGCUGGGCGGUGGCUGAGCAGGAACCGUGUGGCGGUUGGCAGUGCCACGGUGACAGUUCUGCCUGGAACCCUCUGGUCCCAACUCCUCUGCAGGGCAGCAGGGCCUCGGUGUCUGUCCCGCAGGGGGCUGCCAACAGUGGCCAAGGGAUGGAGGCCCCCGGCAGCACGCAGGGCCCCAAGGCCGACCUGAGCCAGCGCAGCCAGGAGCUGCGUGUCCUUGUGGCCCUGCAAGAGCAAGGCGGCAAGAUUUUCGCUCAGUCCUGCGAGGAGAAGCUCCGGCAGAACAGGGAGCUGCUCCCCAGCCUGCAGGCGGCCUUGCAGGAGGAUUCCAGUAUCCUGGAUUUUGUCCUGAAGGUACCAGCAGAUCCCUCCUGCUGCAUCCCUGCCUGGUGCUUCCCCAGGAGCUGGGAGCACGGGCCAGCAAAAGGAUGUGUCAUUGCCAGGCUGACAGUGACCCUUUCCUUGUCCCUCCCCUGCCCACAGUACAACAAACUCCCCAUUAAGGAUGCUUUUGGAGAGGGCCAGGAGCUCAUUCCAGCCACUCAGAGGGCCUCUUGCAGGGACAGAGCAGUGCCGCUGCUCUCUGACAACAUCCCCAUCUGGGCCCUGAUCGAUUUAUUGAUCCCCAGUCCUGGUCUGUGUUAUGCCCAGCCCUGCCAUCAGCAGUUGCCCACCUCUGCCUCACCCCAGCCAGCCCCCAGAGCAAAGCUCUCCCAGAUCCCAUCCUGUCAAACCAGUGACAACAUCCUGGAGCAGCGCCCCAGUGUCCCCAGCUCUACCCUGGGGGGAGUUUUCCAGGCAGCACCCCCUUCUCCUGCAGCAUCCAGCCUGGGAAAUGCUCUCAUGCCCAUCCAGGCGGUCCAAAAGAAGAUCGAGGCCAAAAUCCAUGACCAGGUGAAGGUGUGUGACAUGCUGCUGCACCAGCUGAAGCAGUGGAGCCAAGCCAGGGACGAGCGCCAGAGGCACCUGCAGGAGCUGGAGGAUGCCGAGACGGAUCCCAAGUGGCAAGAGCCACAGCUGCAGACCAUUCGCCAGCUGGGCAAUGACAUCGAGAAGAUGGUCAUGAAAAUUCACAGUGGACAGAUCGUGACCAACCUGUACCUGAAGCUGCAGGAAAACCUGAGGAGGGAGCUGGUGUACCUGCCUCAGUACCUGGACCUCCUGUGUGGGAUGACUGUGAUGUACCACGAUGAGCUCACGGCCCGGAGCAACCUCAAAGCCAACGAUGUCCUCAGGAAACUCAUGGCCGAGGCAGGACCCCAGGUCCGUGUGGAGAAGCAGCUCAGGGACCAGUCCCUGGCUGAGCAGAGGAUGCAAAUCGAGAGCCUCCGGCAACAGGAGGAGAGCAAGAGGCAGCAGAGGCGGCAAGCCGUGUCCAUGCUCUCCGCAGAGCACGAGCUGAGCUCCUCAGAAACGGCGGUGGGUGCUGAGGCGGAGGCCGCCGUGGCUAAGAGGGAGCGCGAGGCCUUUGUGACUGACAAGAUGGAGAAGGCGAAGAGUGCCCUGCAGUGCUCCUGCCUCUGGGACAUCCCCAGCAGCAUCCAGGCCCAGAAGAAGUCCCUGGAGAGCCUGCAGCAGCACAUCGAUGAGUGCAGGGAGAGGAAGAAGGUGCUGAAGAAGACGCUGCAGGAGCUGGAGCUGAAGCAGGCUAAACUGAAGUUCAACCAGCCCAUCAGCACCAUCAGGUGCUGCUGGCCUCGCACAGAGCUCAGCGAGAACCUGCAGCAGGAAGAGGCCCGGCUGGAGCAGAUGCGAGCCCAGAUGUUGAGGAACCAGAAGCGCCUGAUCGAGUUUGAGAACAUCAUUGACAACCUGUUCCUCCGCCUGCAGGGCAUCUUCAUCCCUGACCAGGAUGAGUCUGUUGCGGUGGUGGGGCUGGAGGAGAAGCUGCAGCACUGUGAGCAGAAGAUGCAGUUCCUGAAGGAGAGGGUGGCAGCCCGGCCCAAGGACAGCACUGACGAACGCAGCGAGGUACGGGGCUCCGGCCCUCUGUGCCCUUGGGGGCACACACAGGGUCCUCACAGAUGGCCACCCAAGCCAUCCGUCCUCAGCAGGGCCGCAGGGAAGGGCCAUGGAGCAGCUCAGCCCCAGAGGGCCCUGGGCACCCAAGGGGUACCCAAGGUUGUAACACCCACCUGCCCUCCAGCACUUAACCCAGGGCACCUUUCACAGACUUUUGCCAAGGUCAGGAACCUCCUGGAGAAAAGAACUGCAGGUGAAACACAGAACUUGAAGAUUUCCUUUGAGGAUGAAGACACUAUGGAAGAUGACACCUUGGAUUUUGAGGAUGAAGACCAUGACUACAUCCCCAGCCGUGAGGACAUCAAGAAGCAGGGGCUGCAGCUGAUCAGAAUGAACACCAGACGUCGCAAGAAGAAAUAGUGGCUUCUCCACGUGAACUUUGAGGGCCCCAGGCCCCCCCUUGAACCCUUUUC